AUGGGUCGUUUAUCUGCGGCUAACGAUUGCCGAGCUAUAUCAAUUUGUAAUAGGAUGAAGACUUUAUUGGUAAAAAUAAAUGACUUGGAAAUGUCUGAACUAACGUCUUUAAUAAUAAUUAUUUGUUUUGAAUUAACAAUGAUCGGAAAAUUCAUAUCGAUUUUAUGGCGUGUAUUUUUCGAUAAUCAAUUAUCUAUGAUAUUGUAUAGACUUGAAAAAAUUCGUGAAAAAAUGAUUCGUUUGAAUUUGGUUGUCCCAAUGAAAAUGAAUUGGUUUUUCAUUAUUGGAUUAAUUGUACAUGUUAUAGCAAAUAUUAUAACUCCAUUAUUAUGGGUGAAGAUCUUUGUCGGAAAAAUGGAAAUAAAAGAUAUGAUCUCAAGUUUUGUUUUAAACGUUUGCCAAUGUGGUUCAUUAUAUGAAUAUAUACUACUAAUAUUAUACAUACAGUGGAUGGUGUUCAUGAUCAAUGAAAACGUUUCAGAAAGAAAAUCAUGCUUUAGUACAUUCAGAGAUAUGUAUUUGGAAGUUUUAGAAUGUUUGAACGAUGUCAAUAGAUCAAUUUAUGGUUUGCCGGUCAUUGUUGUAUUUAUUUCAGGAAAUUUUUGUGAAAUCAUUAAUAUGAUAUACAAAAAUUUGUUAUUCCCUAGAGAGUAUAUGAAAGACCGUUAUUAUUUUGUAUUUACUAUCACAGGAUUAUUAUUAAGAACAGUGAAUCUUAUAAUAUUAUACAAUGUUGGUCACAUAACGGAAAAAGAGAUUAACCGAAUGAAUCUUGUCCUACAUCAACGGUCCGUAAUAGAAAGAAACCCUAGAAUAAAACGUCAGAUCAAGAUUUUUAUACUACGAAGAUUGCAUGAACACUAUCGUUUUGAAUUGUAUGGAAUAUGUCAGAUGAAUCUAAGACAUUUAAUUAUUUUAUUAAACAAAGCUUUUGCUUAUACAAUAAUUCAAAUUCUGUUCAAAUUAAAUAAACAAUAA